AAUCGGUUUCCUAUAAAAGCGGUUUCCUAAGCCACGAGUGUACUCAGUUUAAAGCAGAGUUUAGAGGAAAAUGCAAGCGAUGAAAGUGAUCUUUGUUCUGGGCCUGACCCUGGCCGUUGGUGUGGAUGGCAGGCUGCCGCCCGGUGCUGCCAAACCGCUGGAGGGAGAUGAUUUAUCCGCAGCUAGGGAGCUCCUGACAACUACGCUUGCCAAACUGGCAACAGGAGAUGGCCCAAACUACGAAGUUGUGAAUGUGAUCUCUGCAAGUAGCCAAGUGGUGGCUGGUUCUCUGCACAAAUUUGACGUGGAGCUGUCCAAUGGAUCCGACAAUAAGGAGUGCACCGUGAAGAUUUGGAGCAGGCCAUGGCUGGCGGCUGAGGGCACGGCCACCAAUGUGAAGAUUAAGUGCCAGGAUGAAGCUGAGAUUGACAACACCUGGUAGAACGAGUUUUGUUUCUUGUUUUACGUCAAUUAAUUGUGAUCUAAUAAAAAGUGCGAGCAUUA